AUGAAUGAUGGACAUACAACAUCUGUGGCAUCUUUAGGUAUCAACACACAAUUCAGUGGAAGUUCUGUAUCGUCAGGUAGUUCACCAUUAAAUUCGCCACUCGUUUCGCCAGCAGCAAACACAUCUUUUGCACACGAAAACUCGUCUUGGGACCAACUUCAAAACCAAUUCACACAACAGAUGUCGCUUCAACCACCUUCACCUGCCCCUCCUCCAGUCGCUACAAAGCCAGGAAACGGAAACACUUUUGUACAUAAAUUAUACAAGUAUGACCUUUCCGUUUAG